GUACCUCACUACCAGUAUUUGAACUCUUGUCUUGCAGAGUGUCAGGCUCUGCAACUUUCCAUCUUCUUAUUUUGCAUCCCACUCUCACACAGACGUACACUUCAUCACCUCCAUCGUACCAACAUCGGGUCACUGUGCAGAAGACAUAAAAUUAUUUUUGCAGAUGAUUCUCUUUCCCUCUUGAGACGGAGCUUUGGGAAAGAUCCUUUUUGUGUGGCUUGAACUGCGAUCGACGUAUCUAUAGUUGGUAUAAAAUUUUGGAUUUCUUCAAGAAUCCCUUUGAUGAAGUUGUGAAUAGCUGAGAUUUCGGAGGUGACUUUUUUGAAGAGAAAUGGAAAAAACGAGUUUAACAGAGCAUGAGAGGUUAUUUCCGAAAAUUAGUUCAAGCUCAUCGAUUCAGGAGUUAAUCAAAUUCCUUGAGUACUCGUUUUUGAAAAGCGACUUUGAUGAAGUCCAAAACAUUUUGACUGAUCGCGAGAAUAGCAUGAAAAUGGAGAGAGAGAGUUUUGAAAGCGAUCGACGCUCAAUAAAAAAAGAAUUUGAUUUAUUGGAGGGCAAGUUGAAAGAAAAAAGUAAAAUGAUUCUUCAGUUGAAUCGGAAGAUUGAGGAAUUGACGAAUCAAAAAUUGGGAAGCGAGCAAAUCGCAGUGAAGUACGAGGAAAAAAUUAAGUCAAUGAAUGAUGAGGUAGAGAAGUUGAAUUGUGAAAGAUUGGAGGCUGAACAAACUGUAGAAGUGUAUAAGAAGAGGUUUGAAGAUCUUACUGCAGUGAAAUACGAGGAAAAAAUUAAGUCCUUGAAUGAUGAGGUAGAGAAGUUGAAAUGUGAAAAAUUGGAUGCUGAUCAGACUGUAGAAGUGUAUAAGAAGAGGUUUGAAGAUCUUACUGCGAGGUUCGGGAACACAGAGCAGAUUCUUGCAAAGAUUUUCAAAGUGGGCAUAAAUGAUCUAUCGAAUCUGGCAAAUAACAUAGAGAAGGAUGAUGUUAAUUUCUCUACUUCCGAUGGCAAAAAGGAGAGUUCGAGGAAUGGUGGUAAAUGGAGUGGAGGGAACGCUGAUUUUGGAAAAGCUAAUUUUGACCAUUUUCAAAAUGAAAGGAGAAGUCUGAACAGUGGGGCUGAUGAGGGUGACACAUUGUCUAUGGCUCACCCUGCUUGUAAAUCUAGUGGAACUGGAAUUCAUGGUUUGCAAGAAAGAGGUGGCAGGAACUUGGUUCUGUCUUCCCAGACAAAAGAGGCUGGAGCAAAUGGCUACGAUGUGUCUCAAAGUUCUCCUGGAAAGCAAUUUACUGGCGAUCCUGGUCAAACUGAAAGUAGACAAGCUAUUAUCAUGGCCUUCGAUCAUGGAGAACAAGUCCCAAAGAACUUGAAGUUGACUAGAAGUUGUAGUAAAAUGGCAAGAUCACUGAUAUCUGGAGACAUCAUUGAAAUCAGUGACAGUGAAGAUGAAGCCACCCCUGAGAAAUUUAUUCAAAGUCCAACAUUAAGUCAAACCAACAAGAAAAACAGAGCAGAAUGCAAAGAGAGUUCACUCGUGAGUUCAAAGCCAAAAAGGAAAAGAAGCCCAUACGGAAGUGACAAUGAUGAAAACUUUCCAAUUGGUGCACAGCAGGAGAAACAAACACGAGAAGUAAAAUAUGAUGGAUCUGGGUCCCUUAUGAAUAUCUCGGUAAAUCCUAAAUCAGUGGAUGCAAAUCUUGCACAAACUGUUUUGCCUUCCAUGCACAAUCCGGUACACUUCAGAAGAUGUGAAGAAAAAGCUCAGGCCAAGAGAGAUUCUCAAACUCCUUCACAAGUAUCUGAUGGCACUAAUGUCAAGGAUUCUACAGAUUCAGAAGAUGAAUCAUUUUCAAGCUCCUGCAUCAAUAAUAUGGUUUGUUCACUCCAAGUUAAAAAGAAACCUAGAGCCUGGAUGUUUGGAGCUGACAUGCUCAAGGACUUUGAGGAGGAUCCAAAACUUUGCCUGAAUGCUGUCUGUGCACUUCAUCGACAGCAAAUAUCUGCAGCAAAAUCCAACGUUGGUUUCCCGAGUGGAGUAUUAGGCCACAGAGAUGUAUUGAGUAUACGUGCUUUGGGGGAGUAUCUUAUGGAAGGGGAUCCACAGCAUAGACUGAGGAAAUCAGUAUCUGAAGUGGAACAACAACGCCCAGAUGUUCUCAGUCAAUGUCUAAAUCUAGCUAUUAUUCACUAUGAGAGGCUAUUCGAGAUAUAUCGCAAGGAGAAGGAUCCAUUCUUUGGCCCACUAUAGCCUAUCAAGUGUACUGCAUCUGUUGUAUGCUUUAACAGUUCGAUCUCUUGGCGGUUUUUGUUCUUUCCAUGGGAAGCAAAUGAAAGAUGUCUAAAACUAAGAGGUGAAUCCUUUAGAGCUCCAUUAUACUGCUCGGUAGUUAACUUCAGUUCUGAAUUUUGUUGAAGUCUAGGCAUGGAAGAUAUAUCUGUGCUUGUGGUUUCUGGGCUCUAUCUUAGUGUAAUGAUUUGUCGAUAAAAAAUUUUCUUUUUUGGUAUAUUUUCAUGUGAAGAUUAUCCCAUGUUUUGGCAAAUUCUUCUCUAUUUUUG